AAGAUGUCUGGUUCGAAGAUCGAGGAAAAUUCGUGUGAGGUGUCAAGUUCUCGAGAACUGAUAACAGCCAAGGAUGCGCGAAAAUUGGCGGAGAAAAGAUUCGGAAGAGAUGUAGAAGUUCUGGACUACACGGUAGAUCAAUACGCCGAAGAGAAAUUAGGCUUUCUUGGAUCACAUCAGCGUCUGGUGGUGACUGUUCGAGAAAAGGCCGAUGACAACUCUGCGCCGAUAUCGAGCUUGCGUUAUUUCGUCAAGGCGAUGCCUUACGAGGUCUCGACUCAAGCUGACUACGUUUCCGAAAAGGGAGUAUUCAAGCAGGAAACAUAUUUCUUCGAGAAAGUCGUGCCCGAGCUGAGCCACGCUUUCAACUGCAGCGAGCCAUGGGCGCCGAAGUGUUACAUCAUCAAGGACGAUUGUCUCGUCUUCGAAGACAUUGGCAUGUACGGUUUUGGCAUGAGACCGAAACUUUUGAACGAAGAUGAGAUCCGGGCAGGUCUCGGUACGAUCGCCAGAUACCACGGGGCUUCGUUGCACGCUGAGGCCCGGCUCGGUCGCCCUCUGAACAAACUUUAUCCGAAUGCUUUCGAGGAAAGAGCCUUCCUUCAUCGCGGCAAUCAGUAUCGUUGGUAUCUCGCGGGUGUCGACGUCGCCGUGAAAAUAGCUCAAUUGCUGGGUCUCGAUGCCAAGGCGGUUCCCGCCGCGUGCGACCGUGUCUUCGACGCGAUGAAGCCUUCCCUGAGCAAACAAAACGUCGCGAGCCACGGCGAUCUCUGGUCCAACAAUCUCAUGUUCGAUAAAUCUUCACCUCCCCGAUGUCGCCUCGUCGAUUUCCAACUCGCGCGUUAUUCUCCACUCGGCCACGACGUUGCACAAUUCAUGUAUUUGUGCGGGUCUCGAGAGUUUCGCCAAAAACGAGAGCUCCAAAUGCUUCGUUACUACUAUCAGUGUCUCAAGGAUUCUCUUGAUUUCGGAUCGACGAUUUUCGUCGAAACGCCAUCCUGGCGCGACCUCCAGCUCAGCUACGAAGAACAAAGACUCGGAGCCCUCGUUACCGCUAUCAUGUAUUUUCCAACCGUCCUCCUCGACGGUUUGACCGGCGCCAAGAUCAUGAAUGAUCCGGAAACUUACAAAGAAUUCGUCACCGUUGAUCGCCGAGACCAAGUUUUAGAAAAUAUGCAACGAGAUCCCGAGUAUCGUCAACGACUCAACGAAACUGUUCGAGAACUCGUCGAAAUGUCUCAUAAACUCGAAGAAUUACCUCAGCCUUGUUAAAUAAGAAAUAAAUAUCCGGACGCGAUGCAUUCGAGUAUUCAAAUAUUGCCACCAUCUAUAAUUUAGAGAGAA